CGUAACAGCACUAUGUAGAGCUAUGGUUCAUUUUCAUUUCUCUACUGUAAGAGUUUGGCAGACAAAUUUAUUCGAUUAAAAAUUAUAUAUUGUAAAAGAAAUAGGUAAAUAUCAUGCGAAAGUGUAGUUUCAUUACUAAGGCAGAAUUAUAACAAGGAUGCUAUAGUAAAAUGAAGAUAAAAAUUAUAUGCCGUCAGACUACUCAAAGUUUUUUUAAUUUAUUUUGAUUUGGUCGAAAAAACAAAAAGGAUAAGUAAUUCACAACUUGAAAAUAGAUUUAGUUGAUCCAAGUCUAAAAUGGUUUCUGAGCAAAGUAAAUCAAUAAAAUCUAAUGACUCAUAUCUUUGUCUACUUUGCAAUAAAAGAUUUGCACAAAAAAGUACUUAUCAAAAUCAUUCACAUAUCCACGAAAAGCAACAAACCUCUUUUCUUAUUUGUAACAUAUGUAAUAAGUUAUUCUCUGUUCCAGCACGAUUAACGAGACAUUACCGAACACAUACUGGAGAAAAACCUUACCAAUGUGAAUAUUGUACCAAAUCAUUUUCUGUUAAAGAGAAUUUAAGUGUUCAUCGCAGAAUUCAUACGAAAGAACGACCGUAUAGAUGUGAUGUGUGUCAUAGUAGUUUCGAACACAGCGGAAAAUUACACCGACAUAUGAGAAUACAUACUGGUGAAAGACCACAUCGAUGUUCUAUUUGUGAUAAAACAUUCAUUCAAAGUGGACAACUUGUUAUUCAUAUGCGUACACAUACAGGUGAAAAACCAUACCUUUGUAAAUCGUGUGGAAAAGGAUUCACCUGUUCAAAACAGUUGAAAGUGCACUCUCGUACUCACACUGGUGAAAAACCUUAUAGCUGUAAUAUUUGUGGUAAAUCCUUUGGUUAUAAUCAUGUUUUAAAACUACAUCAGGUAGCUCACUACGGAGAAAAAUUUUACAAGUGUAUUCUUUGCCAAAAAACAUUUAAUUCAAAAAAAUUAAUGGAAGUACACAUGAAAUCACCAACAAAUUGUAAAAUGUACGAAAUUACAAAAUUGAGCACAAAAACGUCCCAAAAUAUAAGUUUGAUGGAUCAAAUUAUGCCAUAUAAUAUCAGUCAUUCAAAAUUAACGAUUGAAGAAAUAAAUCUUCGGAAACAACAUGAAUUUAUAGAUCUCCAAGAAAAAUGUAUUUCAACCCAAGUUACUAAUUCAAACAAAAUGUUGGAACAGUUGAUUCACCAUCAACCUUAUCAAAAUUCCCCGACACAUUUUAUCAGAGCGUCGAAUAAAAGUAUAGUAACAGAAAAUAACAUUCCAAGUGAAAUAAAAGAAUCUCAAUCAUUCUCACUUUAUUACCGUCAUUCACCGAUUGAUUUGGAUAAAAUUAAUUUACGUGUACAGGGAUUAAAACAGUAUACAUUUUUAACACCAGUCAUUUCGUCGACUUUUCAACCUCCUUACCCAAGACAUGAAGAAAAUAGUUUAUCUGAACAGAAAACAAAAGAAAAAUCAAUAGCAUGUAAAAAUUUAGCUGAGCAUUACGAAGCUAUUCCUCAAGUAUAUACACUUAAAUCAGAUUCACAUACGACUGACUUAGUAAUAGACUCAAGAAAUAAUUCAAGUGUGCCUCCUAGGAAAAGAUCUAAAAUAAUUUGGGAAUCUCUUUCAUCAGGAAAGUGUGAAUUCGAAACGCCAAAAAGAAGUAAUUCUGUUAUAAAAUUUGCAAAAGUAGAUAAUAUAUUUUGAUAAAUUGAUAAAUAUUUAUUUGCACUUCAAAAUAUUUAGUCAUUUAUUUAUAAGUUUGUUUUUCAUUUUAUAAAUUAAAAUGUCCUAAAAUUUAGUAUAAAAAUAUUUAAUUUUCAAUUGCUUUUUUCAAAAUAGUAAUAAUCUAUAAACUAUGGAAUUGAGUUAAAAUAACUUUGGCUUGAAAUAAUAAUUUUUAAUAAUUCCAUCAAUUAUCGAUAAAUCAUCAUUAUCAAUCAGUUUCUAUCAAAUGAUAGAUAUUACUGUUAUAA